UCCUGACGUCACAAUGUUCUUGCUAGGCUAGGUCGGCAACCUUAAGUGUUGAACUGUUUUGUGUGUGUGUGUAUGUGUGUGUUGGAGUACGGGAGAGGUAUUUGUUGUGAGAAAGAAUCUGUAUCGUUAGAGCAAAACUGGAUGCAGUGAAGAAAUAAUGGCAACGGCGAAUAAUUCGUCGAGAUCAGAAUUUAUUGUCGGUGGAAAAUAUCGUUUAGUUAGGAAAAUAGGUAGCGGAUCGUUCGGGGAUAUCUACCUUGGUAUCAACACAGCCAAUGGCGAGGAAGUCGCUGUUAAGUUAGAAUCGACAAGAGCAAGGCAUCCUCAACUUCUGUAUGAAAGUAAAUUGUAUAAAUUUUUACUAGGUGGAGUAGGAAUACCUUAUAUAAGAUGGUAUGGACAAGAAAGGGAAUAUAAUGUACUUGUUAUGGAUCUUCUAGGACCUAGUUUAGAAGAUUUAUUUAACUUUUGUUCCAGACGUUUUACUAUGAAAACCGUUUUAAUGCUUGCCGAUCAAAUGAUCGGUCGCAUAGAAUAUGUCCAUACAAAAAAUUUCAUUCAUAGAGAUAUUAAGCCAGAUAAUUUUCUCAUGGGAAUCGGUCGUCACUGUAACAAGUUAUUUCUGAUUGAUUUUGGCCUAGCUAAAAAAUACAGAGAUAGUCGCACAAGACAACACAUUCCGUAUCGUGAAGAUAAAAAUUUAACAGGCACUGCUAGAUAUGCCAGCAUUAAUGCUCAUCUCGGCAUAGAACAAAGUCGGCGAGAUGAUAUGGAAUCACUCGGAUAUGUUCUCAUGUAUUUUAAUCGUGGAAGUCUUCCCUGGCAAGGACUCAAAGCGGCAACAAAAAAACAAAAAUAUGAAAAAAUUAGCGAAAAAAAAAUGUCCACUCCUGUCGAAGUUCUCUGCAAGGGCUUCCCUGCUGAAUUUGCCAUGUAUCUUAACUACUGUCGAGGUUUACGAUUUGAGGAAGCACCAGACUACAUGUACUUGCGCCAGCUGUUCAGAAUUCUAUUCCGCACUCUGAAUCAUCAGUACGACUAUACGUUCGAUUGGACGAUGCUGAAACAAAAGGCGGCGUCUUCGGCCGCUGCCGGGGGAACGACUUCUCAAACAGCCGCUACAUGUGCUGGCCGUUAAUCACAAUCAACAACAUCAGCAGAUAUUGGAUUUCCUAAUGAGAGAAGUAAACUGCAGAAUGUCUCACAUACUACUUACAUUAAAGAAGAAUACUAAAUAAAAACAAGGAUGAAGAAUAUCGUCGGCAAUUAGCUUUGUUUGUGAUGAAGAUAAAUUGUUUUGGUAUUAAGAUAUGUAAAGGUAGAUAUAAAGUAAAAACAAGUAAUGACAUGCACGAGAUGC